CAGAUCACCACAAUGUAAUGGUGCUGGAUCCUUUACAACUUGUUCUCUCUCUCUAAAGCAUACCGCCUGAGGGAGAAACGGUGCAAUGUCCGAAUCUACUUGCAGUCCAACCCGAUAAUCUCUCAUUUGUUUCCCUUUGAAACCGAAACCAUUUGUUUUUGUGAACCGCACUGCGAUGGGACAUCUUUCUUUGAGUCAGGACGAAGUUGACGUGACAUGACGACCAUCUUCAACAGCACGGGAUCUGUACCCAUGGCAUCCCACCCGGCCACGGCAUCAAGUAGCUACCAGCAAACGAGGCCGUCCAAUCCCUUCUCCGGCCCACGUGUUCAGCGAGACACACUCCCAGAAGAACCCAUUCCUGCCGAAAAUGCCUCCACGGCGGAAUCGAAUCCCGGGCCCGAUGCCCACCCGCACGUGUUCACGCCUUAUGCAAUAGAGGAGCCAGAGGACGAGGAGAAGGAAGACGCAGCAAAGCAGCGGCCCUCUCUCCACAGGCUCCCAGCUCUGAUGGAGCUGCCAUGGGCGAGUAUCGACUACGAUCAGGGAGAAUUGGUCCACUCCAUGGAGGACCUCCGUUGCGAUUCCGACUACAGCGAUUGCUGGCUCCACGGCAAGCCUCACCGGGGCAAGAAGCGAAAGCCUACCCGGCCGCCCCGGCAAGUGUCGGGUGAAACGGCCCCAGAUACACGGGGCGGCAUUUCCGGUUUCAGCCCAAAGAAGCGGCGCCGGAGCCUACGAUCGGGGGAGGAUGUGGACAUCGAGCCACUGUCUUCCCAGAUGUCUGAAUCCAAUGAGUCUGUAUCUUCUGGCAGCGGGAAUUCUGAUUACCCGUCGUCUGAUGUCAGCAGUGUCAAUGCGCCGGACGACUCUGCUGCGCCUGAUCAGAUGGACAUCGACUGAGGUUACUAUCCUGAUACAUCUCUUGCUAUCUAACUCGUUGUACCGAGUGCCUCAUGCAACC